CUCCACUACUCCACACCUAGACUUCCCAAUCCUCCAUUGGGCAACCUGUCACACAGUACGCCGUCGCCUGUGGUUUGGUUUGUGGAGUGAGAGAGAAAGAGAGAGAGAGACAUAGACUCGGACUCGGAGAGAAGGAGAUGAUGUCGAGGGAGCGCAAGAAGGCGGCUGCUCUUCAGGAGAAGCUGAAGAUCCUCCGCUCCAUCACUCACUCCCACGCUCUGAGCAACACGUCGAUAAUCAUGGACGCGUCGGCGUACAUCAAGGAGCUGAAGCAGAAGGUGGUGAGGCUGAACCAGGAGAUUGCGUGCGCGCAGGACGCGCUGAGACACAAGGCAUCAUCCUAUCCCACGGCAGUAGGGCCGGCGUCCGGCGACGCAGGCAUAGGAGUUCACAUGCGUCGACGUGACCGUGGAAGCCCUAGGAGUGCAGGGGUCGUCGUUCCUGGUGAACGUGUUCUCCGACAAGAGCUGCCCGGGGCUGCUCGUCGCCGUGCUGGAGGCCUUCGACGAGCUGGGGCUCAGCGUGCUCCAGGCCACCGCGUCCUGCGCCGACUCCUUCCGCCUCGAGGCCGUGGGCGGAGAGAACGUGGCGGACAACGUGGACGAGCACGUCGUGAAGCAGGCCGUCCUGCAGGCCGUCAGGAGCUGCUCCGAGGGCGGUAGCGAGCACGACGACGAGGAGUAGUAGCUAGCUAUAGCUAGAGGCUGAGCGCGCGUAAGCACACACGCCUUCUGCUACUUGCAUCGGUCGAUGUCGUCCCUGCUGCUGGUGCAUGGCUGCCUGGACAACCGCGCAUGUACUCGAUCGAUCGUCGACCGGCCGGCGCCCUCUAUGUGUAUGGUAGUAGCAGUAGCUCUGGCUGGACAACCGCGCAUGUACUCGAUCGAUCGUCGACCGGCCGGCGCCCUCUCUGUGUAUGGUAGUAGCAGUAGCUCCGUUUCUCAGCUAGCUCCCCCUCUCGAUCUUUAAUUCGAUUUUUUUUACUCUUCUCUGUUUCCUCUAUCUAUCUAUCUAUCUAUCGGUGGCAAAGAUGAAACAGAGCCGCUGCUCCUAGCUGCUGAUGGUCCGGUGAAUUCGUUCGUAGCAGCGCCACCGUUUCCUGUGUAAUAGUAUUGGCCGGAGGGCACGCCGUGAUUUACAUAUUUAGUAUAUAUGUCUAUGAUGCAUGCGUGAUAAUAAGAUCGAUCAUGCCUGCACGCACGCACGCAUGCAUGAUGUAAGAAUGACGACGACAACGACGACGAUGAUGAUCAUGC